AUGGCUAUCUGGAACUCUCUAACUGUAGCCCUUGCUUUUGGCAUCGCUGCAGUUCAUGCUGGCCCGUGCAAGUCGGUGACACUGAGCCAUGAUGUGCCUUCUUCUACGAUUUCCAUGUCGACGAUUGACGCGUCCAACUUGCCAUCAUCGCCAAUCAUUUCAGCUGCGAUACGAACGACAUCAUUACCGAAAAGAUCAAUCACGACGACAACCAAGAUAUUGAGUGCCACAACUACACACACAAGAAAGACAAAAGCUGUGUCUGCCAGCAAACAUACCGCGACAUCCACCCGUACAUCAAUGCCCAAAGCGACAGCGAUAAACCUGCUGGGCAACCCAGGCUUCGAUGAUCCUACUAACAUUUUCUUUUCUCAACCAUGGGUCUUGAGGUCUGUCAAAGGAAAGUCCAUGGCUGAACUUAGAGACAGCCAUCACGUCAAGUCAAAACCAACAGCAUUAUACAUGUCAAUCACGGAAGGUGGCGUGCCAUCGAUGGAACAAUGGGUAGCCGGACUUGAGAAAUCCAAGAAAUACACCUUGUCAACUUGGGUUGCCUAUGAGUCGGGGACUGGGGGAUGUCAUAUCGAUUUAAAACUAGGCAAGACUCUCGUUAAAAGGCACGUCAUUUCGAAAACCUCCCCCGGUCGAUACAAAAAGGUUGAGGGUGUGGUUUCGUCCAAAUUCCAGAUGGAUCUAGUCAGCAUGUGGUUGUACUGCCCUUCUGAGACAACUGUGGCUAUUCUAGUCGACAAUUUCAGUCUUAAAGAGUUAAUGCAAUGA